GUUUUUGAAGCCUGCUUGUUACACGUGAGGGAAACCUGGUACAACACGAGCACUGACCCAAGAUUUGGGGGUGGUGUUGGAAGGGGACGUGUGAUUGCAAAUGCUGGGCUAUAAAACAGAGUGGUUUUAACAGCUGCCAUGGAGCGGGAGCUUACGACACUAAAGCAAUAGAGAAUUGUGUCCGAGAUUUGUUUGUUUGACUGUUGUGUACAAGUGUUUUCUGUUUACCCUUUUUAUCUGAGUUCGACUCUUAGCCAUUCAACGGUAAUUUCCGUCUCCAGUCUUGCAAUAGCUGGUUUGGUACCCUAUUAUUCAGUAACUUUUUUUGAAAUAUAUAAUCACGCCUAAGACUUGCUGUGCAGUCCUGCGUUGUAUUAGUCUAUUCAUUAUAACUAUAAAAUAAGUAUUUUACAAUAGAAAAUAAGUAUUUUAACAGCAGUUGAUAGAUAAAUCACGUAUGAAAAUGUCUCCAGUACAGCAAAACAAGCGCGAAACUCUCUUCAGCAGCACAAAGGCAAACCCUCUGUUUUUACCAUGACAGUCAAAAUGACAGCAGCAGUGGUUCUAGGUAUAACCUAUUAUAUCUCCAAAAGUGUCUGCAACCCCGGGUCUACUGAUGGUUUGAGAUGGCUAAUAUAUAUAUACUUAGAAAGUAAUAAAUACAUAAAUAAAUAAAAUAAAAUAAUAAAUAAAAGCACACAUGUGCCUAGCUGUUAAAGCGGUUGAGAGAAAUGCAUUUAAAAGAACGUGAUGCGCGAAAAAGCCCGCUCUGGUAAUUUUAAUGUUACUACAUAAUACAAACAAAUAAAACUAACAACUACCUGUCCUGGAUUAUUUAAUACAUAUUUGUUUUGUAGUCUCCUAACCAAAACAGCCCAACAUCUUGUUGCAGGCACACUGCUGCUAACGUCAGUUGUAAACAGUGCAGUGCGGACUUGGGUCAAACCAAUGUUCCUGUAGGGUUAGUUUGUUUUUUGUUUUUUUCUUCCUUUAUCAACGUCAGACUUCUGAAUGUCUUUGAGGUUUUUUUUUUGUUAUUACAUUUUAAGCUUUUAUAGGCAAACUCAUAACAAAAUAAUAGUGUCUACUGAGCAAAAAAGUUAAGACACAAAAUGUAUCCCAGUAUUGCCUCCCCUGUACUCUAUGGGUUAGGGGCCUAUGGUCUCAAUCAAGUGCCCUUUUCUGGAAAUGGUUAAACAAUGAGGUAUAUGAACAGUUCAUUACUUAGCAACCACAGAAAGUACAAAUAAAAUCCGCAGAAACAGCCAAGGAAACAGAUAGAGACAGAAAAAACAAAACGGUAGUCUUAAACAACAUAUAGUGCAAACCUUUUCUAAGCAAUGUUUUCAUGACACUCAUGAUACUUUUUCCAGUCCUGGAAAUCACUGUUUUACAAUUCCAUGUCAAAGCCCCCCCGCCUUAUCCUUAAGGUAACAUUUCUAAAAACCUUAAGACAAGUCAAAAGUUGUGGCUGCUGCUUUCAUUCAUGUAAUUACUUUGGCAGUGUGUACUACUCAUCUACCAGGAUUUGAAGCAGAGGGGUGGGUUUAAUUGUAAUUCACUUUUUAAAGGCUUUUCUUAUUGGCUCACAAAAAUGGUGGCAUAGAUGGACAUUCACUGUUACCAGUCUCAAGACUGAACUUACUAGAAAUUAUUGAAAGACGGUGGACUCUUCCUGAUUGGUCCUGCAAGCCCCACAUCCUACAACAGGAUAUAAAUGAUUUGUAACUUUUUUGUUUUUUUAAUGGGGCAGGGAACGCUCUCCUAAGGAAUAUUUAGUAUAAAAUAAUGAAGAUUUUCAGUGAGUUAUUAGAUGUGUUUUAACCCCCUAUCUGGGUCAAACGGAGUGCAUGUGCUGAGCUUUUGUAGUUUUUAAUGCUAAAUCAAUGUAAUGCUUUCUCACAACACUGCACAAAUUGAAACAACAUGGUCCUAUUAAAAAAUCUUAGAAUUAUUACAAAUAUUUUAAACAAAAGAAAGUUACAUUUUAUUGAAUCUGUUUACACUGCAGUUGUUUCUUGAAUGCAAAAUAUUUUUGACAUCUCAAAAGAGACAUCAAAAACAGAACCAUCUUUAUAUAAAGACAGUGAUGGUCAGUAAAGUCAGCCUUCACUGUACAGCAUUAACACUAAAUUCAUAGCCAUACAAUAGGAAAGCAGGGCACUGGUGCCAAUACCUCCUGUGAUAAAAAGCAUUUUUUAAUUUCUCCAGGUAUACAAUAGAAAGAGUCUGCAAACAGAAUUAAGACUUGCAUGGAAAUGGCUGAGAAUUGGUGUCUGAGCUUCCUGGAGGAAGAGGCAAUAGCAUCAGCGACAGCAGCCCUGACCGGGGUGGACGAAAGCAGCAGCAGCAGCUCAGUCAACCUGGACGACAGUCUAACCAGCCUGCAAUGGCUCCAGGAGUUUUCCAUCAUCAACUCUGAUGGAAACCAGCGCGUCAGAACAGCCCAGCCCAGUCAUGACCUGAAUGGGUACAUGGAGGGCUCAGAGGGGCCUUCCUCGCCCUUUGCUGCCGACACGGCCUCCAUGGGCAUGCCUCACACCCCUGGCAAGCCCACCUCCUCAGCCUCGAUUUGCCGAUCCGUACAACACCCUGGCUUGGGACCCCAGGGGGAGCCCCUGGAUGAGGUGGACUACCGGACCAACCCUCACGUCAAGCCCCCCUACUCCUAUGCCACUCUCAUCUGCAUGGCAAUGCAGGCCAGCAAGAAGAGCAAGAUCAUGCUGUCUGACAUUUACAAGUGGAUCACAGAUAACUACUGCUACUUUAAACAUGCCGACCCGACCUGGCAGUUGCAGAAUUCCAUCCGUCACAACCUGUCCCUCAAUAAGUGCUUCAUCAAAGUCCCGCGGGAGAAGGACGAGCCCGGCAAAGGUGGCUUCUGGAAGAUCGACCCCCAGUAUGCAGACAGGCUUCUCAGUGGGGCCUUCAAGAAGAGGAGAAUGCCACCGGUUCAUAUCAACCCUGCCUUCCAGACCAGGAUGCGUCAGGAGCCCAUCUUAGCCAGCAUUGCUGAAGUGAUGAAUAGCCAGCUGUGUGUGAGCCAGGAGUCCCAGCAGCUCUUGAAGGAGUUUGAAGAAGUCACCAGCGACCAGAACUGGGAUCUGUCAGAGAUGGGGAAAAUCAGCCACAAGAGGAAGCAGCCUCUACCCAAGAGGAUGAUGGUCAAGGCCCCACGCCGCUCCAGCUCACCCCUUCUCACCACAGAGGAGCAGAAGGAACUGGGCUCCCUGAAGGGCGAUUUUGACUGGGAUGCCAUUCUGGACUCUGCGCUCUCCAGCGACCUCGGUGAAGAACUUGAACACAUGCCUCCACUGAGUCCCAUCCCUGGAGAGGUGAACCUGACCAUCCGGGGCACACACAUUGACCGGCCUCAGCAGUGGAGUCCCCUAGAGCCCGGUGGCCACACAGACCACAUCCUGACACAAACCAACCAGGGCAACCUAGACUUUGAUGAGGAGACCUUCCUGGCCACUGCUUUCCUGCAAAACCCCUGGGAGGAAGGCAGGAACGACUUUCUAUCCAACUCGGCGGUCAACCUGGACCAGCUGUUUGGCCUGAGCGACUCCUUCUCAUGCAAUAGGAUAGAAGCAUUUCUAUGAAGCAUGCUGUGAUGGAGCAAGCCCCAUCCCAUUAGUGAAAAAUGAAAACAAAUAAAAGUUCUAAAACAUAUGUAUAUGUUAAAAUACAGAAUAAAGACUGUUUUAACAAAUAACUGAAAUACGUACCUCUGACUGUGAACACAAACCCUGAUAACAUGUAACAUCAUGGUAACUAAUAAAUGUACUUACCUGUUGUUGUACAAGGGAUGUUCUGCUGGUUGAAACCUGUGAGAAAGAGUAGCACAUUUGGUUAAAAGGAUAUACUGAAUGCUUGAUGCAGUUUCUCCCUGAAAAGGUGCACAUUUUCAGAGAGUUAUGUUGACGGCAAUAAGUAUUGGGUUGGAAGAAACAGAUUCUGCCUAAGCUGGAGGAGUCAGAUGAUAUUGAGCAGUAUCUGACCACUUUUGAGCACAUGGCGACAGCCUGUGCAUUGGACAAGAAAACAAAAAGCCUGAAUGUUGCAGCAUAUAUUCUGUAGAUGAGAGAUUAGUUGGAGAGGAUGUCUGCCUAGGCAAGAGAAAACCUUGAGGAGGCAGAGUUGCAAAAAGACCUGGUAUGAUAAGGCAGCCUGAUUGCGACCUUUUAACCCUGGAUAGCAAGUUCUACUCCUGUGACCCACCAAGGACAGAAAACUUUUAGCCAAGUGGCAAGGCCCUUAUGAAGUAUUAAGCCGGAAGGGUUCCGUCACUUAUGAAAUCUUUAUGCCAGAUCUUCAAAAAGAGAGGUAAACCUACCAUGUGAAUCUGUUAAAGGAAUUUCAUUCAAGGCAGCAGAGAGAGAGCCAACAUAUGUUAAUCAGGGCUGGACAAGAGGAAGAAGAAGAAAUAUAUAUUCCUUAAGGUAGGCAACCUGCAAGUAAGGACUUAAGUCACUUGACUGUAGAAGAGCAGAACAAGAUAAGGUCUUGUCUGAAUCCCGAAAUAUUCCAAGAAAAGCCCAGAUACGCUAAUCUGGUUCAACAUAAACUUCACCUGAAGGAGAGUGGUCCGAUGCGCCAGCGACCCUAUAGAGUACCAGAAAACUACUCUCUGUGCUCAAAGCCAAAGUGGAGUUGACAUUAUCUUUAGGAGUUAUUGAAGAAUCCAACAGCGAAUGGAGCAGUCCUUGUCUUGGUGUCAAAGAAGGAUGGCACUUUAACCCUUUUCGGUCCUAUGUCGGACCAUGUCUGACAUUACAAUUUUCCCUUUCCAGUCUGAUGUCGGACCCUGUCCGACAUCAUCAAAAGGUGUAACUCACAGGUCUCUGUAAUCAUUUUUUCACCGGAAAAAGCCGAGAAAACCUUUCAAUGGCCAAGUGAGUCCGAUAGGAACCAAAUGAAGCCGAAAAAAAGGGGACUAUCUGAGUAAUAGACAUAGCCCCUGUACCACAGAGAUAACACGGACACAAACAAAGAAGAUAGCUGCUUUCGCAUCCAAUGCUCAAAGAAUAUCACAG